UUGUGACAGGGAAGGAAAAUGGAAGGUUGGAAGUUUCUACAAAGUAUGAUUGCCUUCGUGAUAACAGUCCCUACUCUAUCUACGUUCAGGUCGCCGCGUGAGUGUCUCAGUUCCAUUUUUUAGUCUGCACUGGGAAGCGAGAAAAUGAAUUUGUCGCGUUGCUUCUCCCUCGCCUUUGCUGUCCUAGGGCCCAUUUGUCUGGUCGACUUAGCCAGCGGAGUAAAUGGACCAAUCGCGGAAAUAUCAGUUUCGACCUAUCCAUUUUUAAUUAUGGUGAAAACCACGGUUGAUUCACUUGAAGCUACAGUCCCAGGCGUUUUCAUUGCGAGACAUUAUGUGCUUUCAAUGGGCGAAAUUCUAGCAGACGUUCUCUUCGAGGAUAUAACACUUACCUUUGAUCAGUACGUCACAGAUGAUAUCGUUUCUCCUGUUGAUUCUUUCAAAGACCCAGAUGAUUUCAUCAUCAUUUUUAAGACGUGCAGGAGGCAUGUAAGGAAGGUGAUGCCCCUCACGCCCUCUCUGUACCCCACCUUUACGGCGAACUUGACCGGCACGGUGAUGUGGUUCGACACCAACGGAACGCUCUACGGGCACAGCACCACUGUCUUGGCGGACGUGAACUGUGACCAAGCGUACUUGGACAGCAACACGAGUCCGGGAGCGUACAACGCCAGCUACAAUAGCUGCUUGGAAAUCGACCCAUCGCCUUGCGACUACUAUAAGAGUGACACGGAAGUCCAUUUCCCGGUACUUGCCGUCAACGGCAUGGUGACGUCCCUACUCGACUGGAUUUCUUGUGACGGCACUGACUACAACGGCACCGUGGCAUUUAACAACAUCCAAUAUUGGCGAAACUUCAUUUUAGGAGCCGUCCCGAGCGCGAUCCCCUAAUCCAAGAGGGAAUAUAUUCCAACUUUGGUUUGUUUUGAGGAUAUGUUUGUGAAAUAAAACCCAAAACAAGAAUUUUUUUAAAUGAGAAAGCAGCUUUAUUAUUAUCUCAAGCAAGCGUUUUCGUUACUGUUCACAUAGUUACAGCGCGGCAUUUCACAUAUUUUCGUUGAAUUUCCGCCUACGGACCGCAGCUGGCAGACCGGUUUCGACGGCAGGGAGCUCAAAUAUCUGGAAGGGUUAGUCUUAAAAACGCUGUCUCGACCUCCAGGUCAGGUCCGUGGCGGAAAUUUUCAGAGCCUGAAUACAGUUCGGAUUGUGCGAAUCGCGAUUUGAUAAUGUGCAACCAUCAUGUGUUGAAUAAAAUCACUGAUCAUGAAAUUUGAUCAAGGUUCACCGUCAAA